AUGGCUUUUUCCACUGACAUCCAUCACCUUCCCGACCGAUUCCCGGAGGGUUUAAGAGUCUUUAUCAUUGAUCAUGACACCACUCAACUUAAUGCCAUUGCGGAUUUGUGCUUUCAAUGCAACUAUGAAGUUACCACAUGCGCUGCGGCUUCUUUUGCCGUGCAUCUUUUGAGAGAAACAAAGGGUUCUUUUGAUGUGAUAGUAAUUGAAGCUCAAAUGCCGGACAUGGAUUCGUACGAAUUUUUGCAACGUGUUACACAAGAAAUCAAAAUUCCAAUCAUAAUGAUGGGAGUUGAUGACACAACAAAUGCAAGAAUGAAGGCUAUUGAAAAAGGGGCAUGUGAAUAUUGGGUUAAACCUUUGAAUGUGAAUCAUAUCAACAACAUGUGGCAACAUGUUGUAACGAUUCAAGACCAAGAUCAAAUUUGUAGAAUCUUGGAGGUAAAAACAGGACUAAAAAUAAUGAAGAGAAAUCAUGAAACUGCAACAAAAGAAACCAAUGCUUAUGUUCUUGAAAAAUAUAGUGAUAAUGAUCAUGAUCAACCUCCAACAAAGAAGAAUCGUAUAUCAUGGUCAGACCCAAAACUUAAAGAACAAUUUCUAAAAGUUGUGAAUCAACUUGGCAUAGAUAAGGCAAAGCCAAAACAUAUUACUAAAUUGAUGAAUGUUCGGGGUUUGACACAAAGCCAGGUUGCUAGCCAUUUGCAGAAAGUGAGACUUGGUUUGAAGGGUACAAGUAAAAAGACAAAGUUAAAGAAGGAAUUGUCAAAAAGUGGAAAGCAGGAUCAAUAUCAUGUUCCUAAUAAUGAAAGCCUUGAAGUUGUUCAAUCAAUGCCAAUGCCAAUGCCUGAACAGAAUGAAAGUGUUGAAGUUGUUCAGUCAAUGCCAAUGCCAGAACAGAAUGAAAGUGUUGAAGUUGUUCAGUCAAUGCCUGCUGCAGAACAGGACCAAAAUGUUGUACUGAAUUCAGCAAACAUACAAUGUGAUUACAACAUUCCUGCACAAGCACAACAGCAUGAGAAUGUGUUUGAUGAUUUUGAUAUUUCCAAAUUGUUUACUAACGAAACCAACAUGAUGGUAGAUGGUUCAUCAUACCUAUAUGAUGAAGCAUGGAAUUCAUCUGAAUAUGGCACAUUUAAUUGGUGUUAG